CACCAGCGUUCACAGCCGCUGAGUCUCUCCUCUACGCCGAAAAAAAAGAGAAAAGCUCACUCGCAGUCAAAAACAAUGAGGGCGCACGACGCGCAAGUCGCUCCGAGCGUCUCCGGCUGCGGCGGAGUUUUUUCCCCCGGAGGAUUCGUAGCGUGCGUCUGUGCGCCAACCGGAGGGAGAAGGACCACGGGAGUAUAACUUGACCAUCUGCGGAGUUUGUUAUUUUUUCGUGGGGGGUGGGGGGGAGGUGGGGGAAAUCAUGCCUUUUUGCAAGCGGACGAUACUUCCGAAAGAUGUGUGCAAGCCCGACGGCGGGAGGCUGCGGGAGGCGCAGCGGCAGGCGGAAAUUUUUGGGGACUUGGUGGACGUGUGCAGCUUCAGCCUGUGCUCGGUGCUCCGGCAGCUCUCGGAUCUGUCCCGGCACUCGGUGAGCAUCCUGGAGGAGCUGGAGGGAGAGCUGGUGUCCAUCUGUCACCGGUCAGGCGCGCUGGAGGGCAGGGUGGUCCGCCUGCAGAGGCACGUCGCGGACCUGGUCAGCAAGCCUCCGCCGAAAACCACCAGUGGUCUAGAGGCGGAGGGCGGCAGGCGCGGUGGUAGCAGCAGCAGCAGCAGCCACGGCGACGGCAACCACAGCAGCAUCAGCGGCGGAGGAGGCAGCAGCGGCGGCGCGGCCCACUUCAAGUCUCCAUGGCAACAGAGCGUGAACGUGUUCGGCUCGUGGAGCAGGCCGGAGUGUGUCGAGGAGCUGCACCAGCAGGCGCAGCUCAACCUCCAGAGUCUGCUGCAAGACUUUGAGGAGCAGUUGUACGACACCAAGCUGACCGGUCAGACUUUCCGACAUCCAUCCUCGCAGAGCUCUGACGAGACGUCCACCUCGCUCAGCCGAUCGCCCGUCUCCCUCAACAACAAGAGACCUGACUUCAUCUUCCUGCCGGCGUCCAAACAGCUCUACGAAGAUGAAACCACCUCCUCAGUUUUUGGACUGAGGUCCAUGACCGACCCGUCUCCCUCCCCGUCCCCUUCGCCCUGCGGCUCAGAUCGACCCCCGCUGGGUUGGAGUAGUAACAACAGCAGCAGCAGUACCGCCACUGUUGGACCACCCGUUGCAGAGAAACCACGCUGGAACUUCGGGAGACGUACGCCGGGUCACUUCAUACCGCUCGACAUCACAGGUGAAGGAGAAGGUGGGGGAGGAGGGAAAUUCCACGGUGUCGACCUCCUCCAGCACUCCCAGUCUCCAUCCCCCUCUCCGGGGGACCCCUUCCCCCACCAGCCCCGCUCCCUGGAACCUAUCACAGACACCCUGCACCAGAACCUCCCUCUGAGGAAGACACACUCUGACCUCGACACAACCUCACCUGCAGAUAACACUUUGGAGCAGCUUGCCCGACUUCACCCAGGAACUAUGGACCACUCGGGGCUGCUGUGCUCAAACACACCCUCAGCUUCCUGGAAUGGACCUAAGGGCUCCACGUUUUCUCCUGGAACGUGGAACGAACCUUACAAUUACAGCGUGAACAAAGGCCCUGCGGUUCCGCCCAAACAGCACAGCGUCAUCGGUAAUGCACGAGGGAUGCAGGACGGGGUGAUGUUAGUGAGCUCGGGACAGUCUGCAAGCUCACAUUCCAGUUCAUUCACGUCGGUGACAAACCUUUCCGGGAGAGAAGGGAAUAACAUGCCAGGGAUUUCACUGGCAGCAGCUAUGAUGGGGAAGCGGAGUGAAACUGAAGGGGCUGCAGCAGAUGGAGGGAGAGGAGGAGGAGGAGGUGGUGGGGGGGUUGGGGAAGCAGCGAGAGGGCGGGAGCGGUCGGCUCGUUCCAUAGCAGCAGCCAAUGCCUUCAAGUUCCGGGAGCGCUCCCUUUCUACGCCCACAGAUUCUGGUUCCUUCUGCUUUACAGAGGGCGAAUUAGGCCAGCCAGAUGGGAAUAUUCUGUCCACAGGGAAUGGGAAUGCCAUGGCAAUAGCAGACCACCAACAGCAGCGUCAUCACUUUCUGGGUUUGGGAGAGAGCUACGCCCUUCUCUACCCUAGAGGGAGCUCCGAAGACAGUGCCAGUACCACAGACACAAUCUCCGUCACAGCUUCAGACUACAGUGCCAAUGGCCGCUUGCGCCUACGCUCCCGCUCCAUCUCGCUCAAGAAAUCCAAGCGCAAGCCGCCGCCUCCCGUGAGGAGCGUGUCUCUCAUGAAGAACCUUGGAGAGGCCGAGGGGAGAAUCCACCACGAAGGUGGUCUCUACCGGGAUGGACGGCCAAAGAGCCUGCACAUCCCCAGGGACCACUUCCCAGACUUCCAGCCCGAUUUCCUCCUGCCCAGCUCAUCCUGCUCCUCUAAACCCAGUGCUGGUGAGCAGGAGCUUGGCCACGGAGGCCCUGAUGGACCUCCAAGCUUGGAGGUCCAGGCACCAGAUAAGGAGGGAGAGACAGAGCUGACCUUCCCCACUCACUGGCAGCUGGAGGAGUGGAAGAAUGACCCUUACAGGUCUCUAUCAGGCUCAAGCACAGCAACAGGUACCACAGUGAUUGAAUGUAUGAAAGUCAGAGGCAGCUCAGAGUCCCUGCUUGAUUCUCCCUCCACCUCCAGAGCCACCUCACCCUCACAGCUCUCCAUGGAAACUGACAUCAAAGCAUCCUCGCCCUUCAAACCCCCAGGACUUAUGUCCCCCUCAAGUGGCUAUUCCAGUCAGUCAGAGACCCCCACCCCAACUGUUCCACUCAGUCAAAUGGCAGGUCAGGGAACAGCGGGGACAGGGACAACAGGGAUGUCAGGGUGCAAGUUACGCCCAAAGAUCCCAGAAAGGAAAUCAUCGCUACCGUCACCCAAGGACCCGGCUGCUAGGUCUAGAUUGUCCUUUGAGAUGCCUGGAAACGCACAUCUGGAGCUGUCAUCAAUUAAGCCGAAGCAAAAGGCCAGCAGAAGGCAUUCAGACACAUCAACAGCAGCAAAACCGGGAAAAAUCAGCCCCAGCUCUUCACAGGCAUUGCCUGUAGUUACCCAGAAUGAACUGAAGACUGUUCGACUUCGUUCUGUCUCUCGUGGUGACUUGGAGGACUGUCCUGAUGGGGCGUCUGACACCAUCGAAGAAGAACAGCAUGGCCGAGACCUGGGCGAGGACCCCAGUCCGCCUCCCACCCUUCCAAAGCCCAAACCACCUGUCGCUGUCAAACCUCCAUUGCCCAAACGGCCCCUAAACCUCCUACUCAAAUCUCCUUCCCCCUCCUCUACCUCACCCCUAGGCCUUGACUCACCUCCUGCCUCACCCGUGGAUCGGCCUGUGCCCUUAGGCAACAUCUACAAAGUCAUGAAAAAACCCAAGCCCAAAAAACCUCCACCACAAGCAUCAGCAAGUCCCUGUGUCCUCCCAGAUUCUGCCAUGACUCCACAAACUACCUGCGAUCAUCCAUUGCUCUCCCAGUCCCAGUCCCUCUCUGAACUUCCUCCUCUCCCAGACCCCCAGCCUCUCCUGGAAGAUCCAGUGAUGGAGCCUGAAUUUGACACAGACCCGGAGAUUCGCCUUGGUCCUGAGGACGGAGGCUCACUACCGUCUCCCUGCAGUAACCAGGAGGCCCCGGAGCUCCAGGACAAGAGCAAGACACUCCCCUCGAGGAUGACAAUCUCCUGUCUGGCAGAGCUGUCAGACAAAAAGAAACCCAAGGUUCCACCUCCAGUCCCUAAGAAGCCAAAUGUCCUGCUUCUUCCCUCAUCCGUCCACUCCUCCACCAACGGCAGCACAGAGCGCCAGACUCCACAGACCGACAGCCCUGUGGGUCUUCGGUCUCCUCUAGCAGCACUCUCACCCGAGGAGUUUCCCAGUACCCCCACUGUUCCCGAUAUGCCAGAGCAUGAUGAGAACCACUUGGGAACAGACGAGGAGAGUUCCAAAGAGUCGUCACUUCAGUCAUCUCUGCAGGAUUCCUCCCUUACAGAGCUGGGAGAGAAGAUGGCCGACACAGGGAUCGGGGCAGAAGACUUGGCAGCCAGCGAGAAGACUGUGCUCCACAUCGCCGAGGAAACAGAUGACGACUUGCUGGCCAGCACGCCUGCAACACACACCACCGAAGACCUGUUCACUAUUAUUCACAGGUCCAAGCGAAAGGUUCUAGGUCGCAAGGAGCCAUCGGACUCCUUCGGCAGCCGCCAGAGCCUGGUGUCCCCGGUGAAGCACAGCACCAGCGGCAGCGACCUCCGAAAUCUGACCUUGGGCAGCAGUCAGAGGUCGAGCUCCCGCAACGAGAACUUCAUGGCCCUGCUUCAGAAGAAAGGCAGCAAGUCUUCCAGCGGAGGAGCCAGAGUCUCUGCUAUGGAGCUUCUCAAAAGCACAAACCCUCUGGCGCGACGGGUCACAGAGUUUUCAGCCACCUCGUCGACAUCCGGCGAGGGAGGAGACACCACACCUGGCGAUGGCAAACCCAGCGAUCAGUGAGCGGACGUACUGUUAAUGGAUGCGAGCCGGGUCCGUUUGCUGUUGACAAAGCUACCAACCAAUUCUACUAUGUGCCACCCACUGCAGAUGAGGCCCUCUGACUGUCCAACCGGAUCGCUCCAACUACUGAGUGACCAUUUGCAGAAUGGUCCCUCCCAUGGUUGAAGCGCUAUUGUUCCCAGUCAAACCGGUCCCUCUAGGAAAGUGAGAAAUUUGUGGAGAGCAAAGUUUGGUCAAAUGUCAAUGAAAGGUGAAAGUUUUAAGGCCACGCUUCGAAACUGCACCACGUUUUCCUCUUUGGUGAUGUGCUCAGCGUGGAGGCUGGAUGGGUGGAGUAGACGCCAGGAAUAUAAGGAUAUACAGUGGAUGUCUUUGCUCCUGGCUCCUUCCGGAUGAAGACAACAAGAUUCCCUGAUGACGACAAUGGUCAGUAUAUAUGAAUCUGUAACCAGUUACACUGACUCACUCUGAUACCACAGAGGAUCAGCGAUCAAAUGAACCCAUGAAAUAAAUGGAAUAACAUACUCAACAUGUGAGACUUCCCAACGAUUCAUCAACGAUCCAACCAAAACCCUCCAGCCAGGUGCACCACAGCACCGACACCUGUAGACCUACACGAACCGAAGGGUGUGAUGAGGCACCUGAGAAAGCGAACACAUUGGACUCUCUCUUCUCUCUGUGGUAAACACAACGCCGUCGUUUUCAGAAAUCAGCAGCGUUCGGAUUCUGGCGGACGAAAGCGCAGGGUUUACAAAGAGAAACCGCAACGGAGGCUUUUUGCCACCAAAGAUGAGGCGUGAGCGUGUGACAGGUUUCGCUGCUCGCGCUGUGAACCUUCACAAAACAUUCCACAGGAACACCCGGAAAAAUGGACGACGUUUCGGAACGCAAGCACUUUUCUUUUUUCUUUUUUUUUUUUGUUUUCCUUGGCGUCGGAGGUCGUUUACAUGACGCAGCCUUUGCGUUGCUAAUCUUGUUUCCCCGAGACUCUCAUCAGCCAUUGUUUUUACAGUCUUUUAUUUAGAUUUAUUUUCCAUAUAUUUUUUCCUAUACCUGCCAGAUGGCCAUAUACUGUACACGUCUAAGUGGAUUGUACUAUACGUGUCAUGUACAAAGAUAAAUGUAAUGCAUCCAUCACUAUCACAGAGACUAUAAAUAGUGUACAGAGCAGCAAGCAGCUUGGACCACAAACUGCCCAACUGGAGGGAAAACACACACACUCAAACACACGCAGACUAUGAAGUAAUGCCAUGGAAGACAAACAGAACAGAUCUAUCUGCGCAAGUGCGUGUGUGUGUGCGUUCAUAUGAGUGUGUGUGUGUGUGUGCAGAUGAAAUCUUGCCUGUGGAGUUUCUGUAUGGAGAGUAUGAAGCAGGCCUGGUUAUUAAACAGGGUUUUUAUUCUUUUUGGUCUCUGAUGAUGGGACCAAAGGACCGUUAAAAACUACAAACAGACCAGAGGGGACCUAACGGUGUGUCCGUGUGUGUGUGUGUUCAUACGUGUGUGUGUGUGUGUAGAGGGAAGUGCCAAGAACAAAGUGGCAGAGAGAAGAAAGAGAGUGCACAAUGUGCCUGUUUGUGUGUUUGGCAUUUUGUCCUGAUCACGCGUUUGUGUGUGUGCAUCAUCUUCAUCAUCAUCAUCAUCGCCGUCGUCACAUCGUUACACUCCCACCCCCUCCACACGUGGGACAGGAUGAGAACAGCUAACACCCCCACGUUGGCGAACCUUAAGUUUCUGUAACCGCUCAGAGAUUAACAGGAUACUGGGAACCGAUGGAGUUUGAAGGAAUCCGGAUCCCAAAGGAUCCUGGACCGACUGGUCGGAGUCUUCAGACUUCAGACCACAGCAGCUCCUGCCAGAGAAUGGGGACGUCGUCCUCAGUGCCGCAGGGUGACAUCAAGGGGCCAGAUAGUUUGUCUGUCCCACCUCUGUGUCAGUCGGCUCCACACUCCUCCUCCUCCUCCUCCGCCUCCUCUCCACUCGGUCCUCUCCUCCUCCUUUCGUCGCCGCUGGAGCACUCACCCCAUCUGUCUCUCUGCAUCAUCUCUUCUCUCUCUUCCUGUCGUGGCACAUGCAGUAGCACACUCUCCUUAUAUACUCCGACCUCUCUUUUAACACGUAGCAUCACCCCUCUGUGCCCUCCCCUUCCUCUUCUAGCCUUCUCUCCAUCCUCCUCCGUUUUCCAUUAACCUCGCCCCGUCUCCCCCCCCACCCCUCUUUUUUCCUCUCCACCUCUCUGCAUUCAGUCUAUGCAUCUGAGCUCGGCAGACGACACGACACCGGAUGAAUGUCAAUGAAUGACUCAAGAAAACAGAUGCUGUGCUUGGUUUGAGAGAAAAACAUCUUUCUAUGAACGCUUAUCAUCAGCCUUCGCCUGUUCUGCGAGGUUUUAUACUUUCUGCUCUGUCCUCCCUUUGAGUAUCCAUUGAAUUAGCAUUGAGGGAUGAAUGAAUGGAUCUGUGCGCCAACACGGAAACAGGCAGAGCUUGAAUGUGUCCUUGCUGAGAGGACCUUGCCUUUUGGACUGUGAGAGAAACGCCCCCGAUGGUCUUCGGCCCCUGACCGGCCCUCGGGUCUCCAUCACCGCGUGGUCGGUCUGAGAAUUUGGGAUCGGCGGUGGUCCAGCUCUAACGCCUGACUUACCCCUCUGCAUGGAUGGACCGUGUGGCGAGAGGACGGAACCUUUUCCCCUCUUGACGCCCAGUCGGCAAACUGUCCCUCGGUGCUAUUGAGUCAGAGCUCCCCCUGGUGGAUGGAAAAGGGGAAACCACACAUAAGAACAGCGGAGUUUCAAAAAAAGAAAAAGAGACAAACUCCUUCACACACACAUCUCUCUUCUCGACAAUAGCCCUUCAGGUAUUCCAUCAUCCUGAAAAAAAUGAAGAUUUUAAUAAUGCAUAAAUUAUCACCAUUUAUGAUGACUAGUCAAGUGACGCUUGUUUUAAAUAUUUAGUGAAUGAAAAAAAGAUAAACCUAUAAACCUCUGUGUUUGUUUGCCUUGUAUACUGACCUGUGGGUGUGUUGCUGCAGCACCCACUGUAUUUUUUAUUUUAUUUUAUUAUUUGCUUGGCGGUACACACACACAAACACAAUGUUGGAAAAAGAAAAAGAUCUUCUGUCCAAAACAACAACACAGGUGUAAGCUGGAACAUUUAUUCUGACCUGUGAGGUAAAAGUGUUGAAAUCCAAACAAACAUUAGCCCCAAUCUGCAUUCACACACACGCGCAGAGUACAGUGUGUGCAGUGAUGUUUUUCCUGUGUAGAGCAUCUGAAGGGAGGGCUGUCGGAUCAAAAUAAAUAAAUAAAAACUACAAAAUGUAUUUGAAGUAAACCCACAGAUUUCAUGUAGAGAAAAGAGGAGGCAGAGGCGAGUGUUAGGAGAGAGACGGGAAUAGUGUGUGUGUGGCGCGGGAGGAGCGUGUCGCGUUCAGUGUGUGAUCCUGCACGAUCCGCUCUGACAGCCUGUGACAGGGAAGGAAGUACAAACACACGGCUGUGCUGAUGAAGGGUGGCGUCCCUCUUCAUAAGAACGUGGCUUUUGUUGUUGUUGUUGUUGUUGUUGUAGCUUUUACACGUCUUUCUCAGAGAUGCGCCGGAUGCAAAGGAAUAAUCUCAUUGGUUGGUUAAUGAGCGGUGGGCGUGGCCAAAGAGCCUCCUGGAGAUCCCUCGGUUUUUCCCAGCUCAGGUUGAGAAUAUUUUAAGAAGAAUCAGCUUUAUUGACAGUAUAUAUAGUAUAUAUCUUCUGCAUUUGACCCAUCCUGAGUUGAACACACACACAUGCAACACCCGGCAAA